ACGAGCAAGAGAUUUACCCACGAAUAAGAGAACACAAAGAGCAACGACGUCACAUGCACCGACGCACUCCUACCCCCAAGUCAUCGCUCUCUAAUCUGUCUUUCAUUCACUAUUACCACCCACCACCCCGUCGUCACACAAGAAUCUCGCUACCCAACUACAUACAUAACCUUCUCUCUUGGGUGAAUUUUUCCGUUCCCGGGUGAUGCCGCUCCUCGGAACCAAAUCAUGUAAUGUAUGCAUGCAAUGCAGCAAAAGUCCAAAGUGAACCAACAUACAUACAUAUGUACAUACGCGCCGUUUCGUUACCGUCUCCUCGGGACCGGACAACUCCACGCUCUAGACCUUGGACCAGACACACUGGAAAACCAAAAUUGCAAAGUUACUUCCACAGGGUAACAUCAUCAUCAUCACCUGCCCACAGGAGAAUUUAUGUAUGUAGGUGUAUCUCUGGGGAGUAUGUACAUAUUUCCAGCAAAAGAAAUGUCACUUCCCCCACCCACGCAUUCGCUUGCUUACAUUACGCACACACAUACACACAUACUAUACGUACUCUGACGAAUCAAAUUGCUUUGUUGGUAUAUGUAGUUAUUGUGUACAGAAUCAGAUGCAUUCAAGUGGUGGUACUCGGGAUGGGGGGUAAUCACAACCAUAUGCAUGCAUGUGAUUGUUGGUGGCGACGGGUGGUGACGGGAAGUGACGGCCCGGUUGGAGACGAGGGGUUGGUGAACUCGGUAGGUUGAACGGCCGGCGACGGUGUGUUCACAGGAGAGAAAAGCAAGUGAUAUAGAACUGAAGCACUUUUGGUUGUGUUGUGGAAAAGGAGGAAAAACAAUU